UAGUGCAAUGGCAAGUCUCAUUCACAAUAAUGAAACUAGUCAAAAUAAGGCCGGCCUCCUGUUGAUACAACAAUUAAUAAGCUUCACAAUGUGAGUUGAUCAAAUUGAUUUUGCAAGUGGAAUAAAAUAACAUGAACUUGAAUAGCUUAAGGACAAACUACUUAUAAAUAGUAACUCUUAAGAUUCAAAAGUUCAUCUAAUUCACUAUCUUUACCCAUUUGCAGCCAUGGGAUUCUUGCAAAUCCUUCUGGUUUUCAUGUUUUGUUCUUUCCCGUGGCCUAGUAUACAGAGUGACUCGGAGAUUUAUAUAGUCCGUGUUGAAUCCCUUGAAAGCCAACUUUCUACUCAAUCAUCGUUGACGGAUUUAGAGAGCUAUUACCUUUCUUUUUUACCUAAGAGUAGUACAACAAUUAGCUCAAUUGGAAAUGAAGAGACUGAUAGCAUGAUCUACUCCUAUCACAAUGUGAUGAAAGGCUUUGCAGCAAGAUUAACUGCAUCACAAGUGAAGGAAAUGGAGAAGAAACCAGGCUUUGUCUCUGCACAGAAACAAACGAUGUUUUCCUUGCACACGACUCAUACUCCAAGCUUUCUUGGUUUGCAUCAGGGCGCUGGCGUAUGGAAGGAUUCCAACUAUGGGAAAGGCGUGAUCAUCGGAAUUAUAGACAGUGGAAUUUUUCCUGACCAUCCCUCGUUUAGCGACGUUGGGAUGCCUUCUUCGCCAGCUAAAUGGAAGGGAGUUUGUGAGUCCAAUUUCACGGAUAAGUGUAAUAACAAGCUCAUAGGAGCGAGAUACCAAGUUGGCAAUGGUUCCCCGAUAGACGAUACUGGACAUGGUACGCACGUGGCGAGCAUAGCCGCAGGAGCCUUUGUGAAAGGUGCUAAUGUAUUUGGGAAUGCUAAUGGCACUGCAGUUGGUGUUGCCCCUCUUGCCCACAUAGCCAUAUAUAAGGUAUGCAAUUCUGAUGGUUGUGCGGAAGCUGAUAUCAUAGCCGCUAUGGAUGCAGCUAUAGAUGAUGGAGUAGAUAUUCUUUCUUUGUCUCUUGGUAGACGUCGCAACCUUCCUUUCUAUGAUGACAAUAUUGCUCUUGGAGCGUACAGUGCAACAGAAAGAGGUAUUCUGGUAAGUUGUUCUGCGGGAAAUAGUGCUCCAUUCAGUGGCACAGUAGAAAACACAGCCCCAUGGAUUCUUACAGUAGGCGCUAGCACUCUCGAUAGAAAGCUAAAAGCAACUGUGAAGCUUGGAAAUGGAGAAGAAUUUGAAGGAGAAUCUGCUUAUAGGCCAAAGAUUUCUAAUUCAACAUUCUUUACUCUAUUUGAUGCUGGAAAAAAUGCAAGUGAUGAAUUUGAAACCCCUUAUUGCAAACCAGGGUCACUUACUGACCCUGCUAUAAGAGGAAAGAUAGUAUUAUGUCUAGAAGAUGGUGGCGUUCCAAAGGUUGAAAAAGGACAAGCCGUAAAGGAUGCUAGAGGUGUUGGCAUGAUUAUCAUCAACCAGCCAGAUGGUGGUGUCACUAAAUCAGCUGAUGCUCAUGUUCUUCCAGCAAUGGAUGUUUCAUAUGCAGAUGGAAUAAAAAUUAUCGCGUAUAUGAACUCAACAUUGAAUCCUGUGGCUAUGAUCACAUUCCAAGGAACAAUGAUCGGAGAUAAAAAUGCUCCCGUAGUUGCUUCAUUUUCAGCUCGCGGACCAAGUGCAUCUAGUCCUGGCAUCUUGAAACCUGACAUAAUUGGUCCUGGUGUUAAUAUCCUUGCUGCUUGGCCUACCUCUGUCGAUGGCAACAAAAAUACGAAAUUCACAUUCAAUAUGAAAUCAGGCACCUCAAUGUCUUGCCCUCACCUUAGUGGCGUAGCAGCUCUACUGAAGAGCGCACAUCCUGAUUGGUCUCCUGCUACUAUUAAGUCUGCAAUGAUGACAACCACUGAUACAUUAAACCUAGCCAAGAGUCCAAUACUAGAUGAAAGGCUCCUUCCUGCUAAUAUUUUUGCAAUUGGAGCAGGACAUGUUAAUCCGUCGAGAGCAUAUGAACCUGGACUAAUUUAUGAUACACCAUUCGAGGACUAUGUACCUUAUUUAUGUGGCCUUAAAUACACAAGUCGAGAGGUAGGUUACCUGUUACAACGCAAGGUGAAAUGCUCGAAGGUGAAAAGUAUUCCUGAAGCACAACUAAAUUAUCCUUCAUUUUCCAUCAGACUUGCAGCAACUCUUCAAACAUAUACCAGAACUGUGACCAACGUUGGUGAUGCCAAAUCAUCUUACAAAGUGGAGAUAGUUUCACCAAAAGGAGUUUCCGUUAAAGUUAAACCCUCCCAGCUAAAUUUCUCUAUGUUGAACCAGAAAUUGACAUACCAAGUGACAUUUUCCAAAACAACCAACAGCUCAAACGAUGGUGUUGUUGAGGGAUUCUUGAAAUGGAUCUCUAAUAGGCAUUCUGUGAGAAGUCCAAUUGCAGUUGUGUUGGUCUAGUGAAACUACAAGAUUGUGUUUGGCAAGAUUCUCAAAUGGACUAGGGACUUGUAUUAAUGCUUUCAAUCUCAAAUGUAGAAUAAGUGCACAAAGUACUCAUUUUGAUGGUGGUCAAAUGUUGUUACUCCCUCCAUCUAAUUUUAUAUGAAGUUUUCUUUUAAAUUGGUAUAUUUGAAUUUAUAUGCGUGAUUUGAGAACA